GGGCCGGCGCGGCGGCAGAGGCGGCCCGGGCUCGGGCGGCUGGGAUGGAGCAGAAGCGCGCCGGGCGCCGGACGACACGCAGCUGACGGAGCCGCGCCGCGUUUGCCUCGCUUCUCCGCCCGCCGCCGGAGCAGCCGGAGCCGCGCGGGCCGAGCGCGCAGAGCCGCCCUCACCUCCCGGCUCCCACGGCCACCAGCCCGGCAGAGGAGGAGCCGUCCGCGCUCCGAGCGCUCGGUCAGUCCCGAAGCUCGGCACCGUACACCAGGGUACCAUGGUCUGCAAGACUCUCUUCGCUCUCUGCAUCUUCACGGCAGGAUUGAGGGUACAGAGCCUGCCUCCGUCAUCCCCCUUGCCCGGUUCUCUUCCGGCAGCCGCUGUCCCUUCCACGGCCAUCUGGACGAGCUCUCCACAGAGCCCUCCCGCCUCCCCGACCAGUGGCACUCCCAGCAACUCGGUCUUCCCAGCCACAACCUCGGCACCAGCACCUCUGCUCCCCAAGAACAUUUCCACGGAGCCCAGAGAAGAGGAGACGACGAGUGGCCCGGCCUCUCACCGGGAAGGCACGCGCACAGACCCCUCACCAGCUGGCGGUGGGGUGCACUCAACAGCCACUCCCCCAGAACACAGCUCAAGCACUCCCGAGGAGGCAAGUGCGCCCCCCACAGGGUCCCAGCACCCCUCGGCGGCCCCCACUGAGUCUCCCACCCUCACCUCCCCUCAGGCUCCAGCCUCAUCACCCCCACCCCUAUCAACCUCACCCCCGGAGGUUUCUUCUGCCUCCUCGGCCAGCACCAAUCACAGCUCUGCCGAGACCAGCACCAAGCCCACCGGGGCCCCGACCCCACCAGAGGCCCCGACCCCACCAGAGGCCCCAGCAGAAGAGCACAGCUCUGCCCACACGCCCACUUCACAUGCCACAGCCCAGCCGCUGCCCGCGGAGACAACACCCCAAGCCACAGUGCCGGUCAAAGUGACCUGCGUGAUGAUGGACAUGGAGACCACUGCCUCCCCUGGGGUGAGCAUGCAGGAAGUGGAGCAUGCGCUAAGUUCAGGCAGCAUCGCCGCCAUUACGGUGACGGUCAUUGCCGUGGUGUUGUUGGUGUUUGGAGUCGCAGCGUAUCUGAAGAUCAGGCAUUCCUCCUACGGAAGGCUUUUGGAUGAUCAUGACUACGGAUCCUGGGGCAACUACAACAAUCCUCUGUACGACGACUCCUAACGAAGGAACGUGGCCGGGAUGAGGAAGAACUGUUGUUUAUUUAUAAAGUGCUUUCCCAGUAGAAUUAAUACAAGUACCUGAUAUGCAUUGAGCGACAAUCUCUUAAGCCCUCUUUCAUUGGUUUGUUUUGUUUUCCUCCCUCUCCUCUGGCUGCUAUAACUUCCCCUUUCUGCAAAAAGAAUCAUUGUUUAAAGGUGAGUGGAGGCUUCUUUGCAGCUGAAAUGGGCCAGCCUGGAGCCGGACCACCGUGGUGGAAGCUUCCGUACCCGCUGCAGGAUCCACCUUAAGAGGGACUGAGGGCCAGGGAUCCAGUCGUUCCGUCGGGGGCUACUUUUAGGGGAACUUUUUGUUGGUGGUAUUUCUCAAACUUUUUAGUUAGGAAAUUACAUUCAAUCUCAAUGAGGGGAAAGGAAAUGAGUAUUGGGAGGACUUCCCCUUCAGGUGAGGGCGCAGGGGCUGCUCCGAUUCCUUUUUAAUCUCUGUUUGUAUCUGCCAGGAUGCCUGCUUGGCUCUGCGAGCGGGAUCCCGGCUUCUUAACUGCCCAGUC